CUGGAAUGUAUGUCGUACAGACAGCGUCAGUCAGUCAGUCCAGCACUCACUCUCUCUCACUUAUCUAUCGACACACCACACCCACCACCGGCCUCCCCUCCCUCGCCCUAGGUACCAAUCUGAUUCUUGAAUCAAACAAACAACCUGAGGCGUUCAUCGUUUCGCCUCACUCACCUGGCCCUGCUGCUUCUGCCGUUGCCGUUGGUCUUGUGUGAGUUACGCACCGACAUCUCGUGCCGGACAGACAAGAAGUCCUUCAUCGACAGGCCAAGCUUCUCUGUCCGCCAGUUGCUCAGAAGUGGCUCCCUCGCCAUAACAGCGGCAAGAGCUCGCGAGUCAGCUGCAGACAUACAUAUGGCCAUGUAUGUGUUGUAGCUUAAGAGCGUCAGUUGACUGCCUGAUGUGGCUUUCCUUGUUUCUUCUUACCCAGCGCAUUGUGGGCGUCUGUGAAGUCACCUCCGACAAGCCGGGCGUACAGGGCGCCAAGGCCCAAGCUGUCACCAUCUACACACACACAUAUACACGCAAAGAGGGCAGUGAGGACAGUACGCCAAUGAAUCGAGAUCGGAAACGCACAAUGCACUGCAAUGCUCUUCACUUCCGACUUGGCCCACCUGUGAAUGCGAUCUCCUUCUGCCUGAGCUUCCGCGCAAACCGCAGCGAAUCGACAACCGUAUGCACACCCAAACGCUGCACAGGAACGCAGGCAAGACAGCGACUGUACAGAAGUGGCGUGGCCAGCAGCCUAUCCCUAUCAUUCGCAUACCUGUUGGACGAAUGCAGGCCCACUAAUGUCCCCGAAUGCCUUCCUUAUCGAGUUGAACAGCAGCGGCAGGUCAUAUGAGAAGCCACUGUGAGCCACCAGCCACACAGGAAGGCCCGGCGACGGCGAAGGACCCCCAUCUCCCCAUCCCUCUCCCGCCUCAACCCCCUCGUCGCCAGAUUCAGCCUCCGCCUCCACUUCCCUUCGGUCACUGUCUGUGUCAGACAGGGCGCUAUCCUCAGCGCUGUCAUGGUCCAGCACGUUGGAAGGGCUGUAUGUUAAGGCGCUGCAGUCGGCAGGGGAAGCAGUGGUGGACUCCACAGGCUCGGCUUUGUUGGUCGCAGCAGCAUGGGGGUCCGCUGGUUUGGUAGAGGGCGGUGGGUCGUCGGUUGGCGAUGAUGACGCGCUACCGUAAGUGUGCCGCAAGGCGAGAAUCCACUCUUCGAACUCGAGCAACGCCUGCUCCAGAGUCACGCCUGACGGAAAGAUGAAAGGCACAGUGACAGAGAUUAGCGGGUUGUGCUAUCAAUGAGAUCUAUAUGUUCCCCUUACCCUCUUUCUCCAGCAGUGCGGUGUCGAUGCCGGUCAGCGAGGCCACCGUGUCGUUGACGAAGACCUUCCGCCCCCCACCCUUCGUCCUCACAAACCGUCCGAAUUCCCCGCCUUUGGCUCCCCUGCCGCCGUCGGUCGUGCCGUCGUCGGCGGCGCUCGCAUCGUCCACGGGAAUGGGUAGCCACUCGCCGUCCCGGAACAGAUUCGCCACGGCAGCUAUCUGGAUGAUAUCGGCAAAGUUGGGGCUGAGGUGAGUGCCCUCCAAAUCCUGGACAUACAUGACAUGCAAGCACACGCACACAGAUAGGAAAGGAAGCAGUACUGCGGUGUAGUCAUAUGAAGCGGCUGCGUGUCUUCUCUGCUCACCCAGAACACGCAGAUGACACCACCUUCGGGAACAGCGAUUUGGCAGAACUUCUCAGCAGACGUGCGGACGCCCGAUGCUGAUGCCGUUGAGCGAGAGGGCUCGGCAGCCAAAGAAUCGUCUGGAGCUUCACGAAGCACUUGUUUUACUGCAUCUCGCGACACGUUUCUGAGUAACAAACACAGACACACACAGACCACAGUCAGGUCGUGCAUCACGUCACGCACUCCUGUGUGUGUGUGUGUGACCUCUUGAUGCCUUGGUUGGGGUCCUUGAAGCGCUGCCAGUCGUCUUUCCGCAGCAGCCAAAAGUCGACAAACGUCCAGUCCUGACUCACGCCGAUGAUCUCGGCCACUGAGCCCUUUCUCCCUUCAAAGGCGUCAGGAUCCACCUCAACGAUGGCACCGACCUCCAGCGAAAGAAAUCUGACCUCAAGGUCGUCGGCAUCAGCAAGGAGAGGUCCUGGCGGGGAGAUGAGAGGGGAAGGGGGUGCUGCAGCGGCUUCCAUUGGGUUGACGUGACGAUGAUGAAGCUGUUGCAGUCAGUCGCUUUUCCUGUUCUGUCGCUCUGCGCUUUUGAG